AUGGUAACUUGAUUUUUGAGGAUGCUGCAGAGGGUAGGGAAAUAGAAGUUAUCCCUGGGCAAAAAAUUAACUCUGGCAGAGGUUUAUAAAUGGAUAGAGAGAAUGUUCUGCCUCUCAUACAUUGCUAGAACUUAGUAUCCAAUCAGGCUAAUUUGCAAUCAGUAGGGAUAAUUCUCAACAUCAUUUAUACUGAAAGAUACUGUAAUGGCCACUUGCUGGGGUGGCUUUUUCAAAAGGAUUAGCCAUUGAUGGACACAGACCUUGUCUCCAUGAAUAUUAGCCACUGUAGGUAAAUAAAACCUCUUGGUACAGAAGCAGCAUGCAGCCAGGGACCACAUGCUGAAGAUUAAUAAUGGCACCUGCUCUUGUGAGCUUUUAAGUGCAUCUUCUGGCCACUUUUGGAAUUAGAGUGCUGGGAUAUAUGAACCUUGGGUUGAACCCAGCAAGGCAAUUAUGUUCUUAAGUCUCAUUGACCUACUCUAUAUAAAAGAGGGCCAAGGAAAAGCAGCUGCCUACUGGCAGGUUGCAAUCCUUGCCUCCAGACGACAUAAUGACUGCUAGAAGCAAAAUUCAGGUUUAUUGUGGGUUCUUUUCCCCCGUAGGCUUUGAAACCAUGCCAAGGCCUUUUCCGCCACAGUUCCUGUAGCUCCCCGUUUCUUCAUCGACCACAGAAACAAGCCAGAAACUAGUGACCAUACUUCAGUCAUGUGCUAAGUAAUAAGAGUAAGUUCAGCAUAGAAUUAGCAAGGCAGUCUGGCCUCCUGUACACCAGCCAGCUAUACCCCAAUGAGGAAUAAGAGCAACUACCACCAAUCCCGCUUCUAGAAUUUUUCAGACCAUUUUUUAGGUCUGCAAAUGGAAGCAACAACCAUUCCAGAGAUCAUAGUAGAAUGUGCAUUACCAGUUGGCAACGUUGACCAGGCCACAGAGCAGUCUUUGACAGAGGCGAAAGCUGAGGAGGAGGUAGAAGAUGAAGAAGAUUCUGGGCAGGCACGCCCCUAUGUUCUCUACGUUGGCAACCUGAACCCCAAGUAUUCCCGUGAAGUUCUCUGCAGCAUGCUCAAGGACGUCUUGGGCAUGGCUAGCGUCACCCUCCAGAGACACAACAUUGAAGUGGUAAAGAAACGCAGGCAAGCCUAUGCCUUUAUCCAGGUAGCCACAGACUCCAGCUUGGAGCAUGUCAUAAAGCAGCUGCUACUUGCCUCUGAGACAGAGUCGGAGCUUACCAAGGAGCUUGUGAAGAAAGGGAAGAAUCUCGUCGUGGGACAUGGCAAGACAUUUGCAUUUCAUGCCAAAGGUAACAGAGAGGUAAGGCUCCAGCAAUGGGAACACUGAAAGAAAAUAAUAAUAAUAAUAAUUUUUUAAAAAAUAUACCCCGCCCAUCCGGCUGGGUUUCCUACAAAAGAGAAUAUUCAUUAGACCUUCAGAGUACUGUACAUUACAUUUCUUGAUACUGAUCCGAGCAGUGAAAGGAAAUAAAUUAAUCAUCUACAUUCCCAUUUUUUUGAUAGUUUCUACAGUCAAACAUCUAAGGCAAACACCCCAGAUUUCACUUUCAAACUUCCAAUGACUGUUUAAUAAUCACCCCGGUCAACUUGUUUAGUUACUAGAUAUACGCACUUCCUUUAGCUCAGCCCCUACCAGAGUCAGUCCCUAUUGCCCUAUUUUGCAUGUCUCAGAUGAUGAGUUGUCUAACUCCCACUAUCAGUGUGAGACAGGAAGGGAGAGGGUUGUUAAAGGGGUUUGUAUGUUAUAGCCAUUAUCCAAAUAGCUUCCUAGUUUAAAUGACGCUACCUCCCCCCACCCCCAAAGAAUUGUAUUUGCUAUAGCCCAUCUCCAUGGCAUUUGCCCUUACCUGUUUUUUCCUUGUCAUGUCUGCAGAGUGACUCUGUUGGCAGCAGCUCAGAAACUUUUCUGGGAGGGCAAGGGUAUGAGAAAAGCAGGAAGUUGAUUCUAAACGAAAACCAUCUCAACCGCAUCAGAAAGUUUCCUCAAUACUCCUGUAUGGCAGAACGGCCAGAGGCCUUUCUGAGCGGCACCCGCUCAGACAGUGCCAUUGUCCAGAGAGCGAUCGUAGGGAAAGAGUGCCUAUUCUAUGGAGCUUCCAUGGGCAGCGAAACCCGGAACGUGGAAUUCAAACGUGGAAGUGGGGAAUAUCUGGCAGGUACCCUAAAACAUCAUGUGCGGAAGUAUAUGUGCGCAUUUCUCAACAGUGAAGGUGGCAGCCUUUUUGUGGGGGUUGAGGAUAACGGCAUGGUACGUGGAGUCAGGUGUGACCACAAAGAUGAAGACAGGAUCCGGCUGCUCAUAGAUUCUCUUUUGAAAGGUUUCAAACCGCAGGUUUUCCCAUCGGACUACACACUGAGCUUCAUCCCAGUUAUCAAAGCCGAAGACACUGGCAUCUUCCUGAAAGUUAUUCGACUAAGUGUUCAUCCUCCAAAGCUGAACAAGCCGCUCCUUUAUGAAACAGACCAAGGGGAAGUAUACAUGCGACGAGAAGGUAGUAUUCAGGGCCCCCUUACUGGUAGCGCCAUUCAAGAGUGGUGCCGGCAGGUAAUUUUCAGUUUUUGCACAGCCUAGCAGGAUUGAAGACGGGACACAGGUGGCGCUGUGGGUUAAACCACAGAGCCUAGGACUUGCCGAUCAGAAGGUCGGCGAUUCGAAUCCCUGCAACGGGGUGAGCUCUCGUUGCUCGGUCCCAGCUCCUGCCAACCUAGCAGUUCGAAAGCACGUCAAAGUGCAAGUAGAUAAAUAGGUACCGCUCCUGAGGGAAGGUAAACGGUGUUUCCGUGCGCUGCUCUGGUUCACCAGAAGCGGCUUAGUCAUGCUGGCCACAUGACCUGGAAGCUGUACGCCGGCUCCCUCGGCCAAUAAAGCGAGAUGAGCGCUGCAACCCCAGAGUCGGUUACGACUGGACCUAAUGGUCGGGGUCCCUUUACCUUUACCUAGCAGGACUGAAAUCUACUGGUCUAUCUCCAAGUGAUAUGCAAGGCUUCCCCAAUUGUUUUAACAAUUGUUACCAUUGUUAAAUGGGGGGAGGGCCAUAGCUCAGUGAUAAUCAUUUGCCUUGCAUGCAUGCUCAACUUCUGACAUCUCCCCUGCCUGCAACCCUGAAGAGCAGCUACCAGCCAGUGUAGAGAAUACUGAAGGGUGGACCAAUGGUCUGAUUCAGUAUAAAGCACUUUCCUGUGUUCUACAACAAAAAUGCUUUCUCCCCCCCACCCCACCCCUUUCUCAGUUAGGCUGCUGAAAUGAAAGGCAGAGAGGAAAUCCCUAAGUGGAUUUUUGUGUGUCACUUUGGGUCUGGAUUUUGAUACGUGGCAGCAGAGUGGGGGAGUUUUUAUUUUGUCAAAAUUAUUUGCAGCUUGGCUCAAUAGGCGUAGGGAAAGUUUAGCCACAGACGGGCACCUUCACUGCUUUCUUCAGAAAAUGUUACACUGGAGCUAGGGGAGAAUAAGAACUGACUUGUGAACUGCCCUGAGGGUAUAGGGAGGUAUAUAAAUUUAAUAAUAAAUAAUAAUGACCUUUAAAACAUUUAAGACCAAAUUACUUUCCAUUGGUUAUCAGUGAGGAAGUGGACCUUGUUGUUAAAAUAGAUGCCUCAAAAUAUGAAUUCUAUUAGGGAAAAAAUUAUAAAACCUUUUGAUCAGCUUCCCACUUAGUUCUAGCCCAAAAAAGCACUACUGACGAAUUCUAUCCCUGGUGGACUGACAAUUGUGGCAGCCAUAGCAGGCAGAUUCAAUAAAUCACAUUAUCUGCUGUCUUUGGCCUUUGAUUGCUAUUCUUUGCUUGAUGAUGCACACCGUAGCUAUCACUUACUGCUGCAUUUGAAACAAGCCAAACAGCCUGGCCUGAAAUACAUACUGCCAAGUCCCUCAAAUCUAUUUACCCUUCUAGCAAAACUCACUGCCAGAGAUCAAUUUUGGACAAAAAGGUAAUUUGGCAGCAGCUGCAAAUAUCUGAAAGGAAAUAACUCCUGCUUUUUAUAAAUCUCCAGAAAUGGACAGAGGAGAUCAAGAAUUUGGAGAUGAAAAUAGAGAGCUUGCUGAAGGAGAAGGAAGCCUUCCAGCAACAAAAUACCAGCAAUGCUACCUGCUGUUUUUUCAUGUGA